GGGUAAGAGAUACAGAGAUACCUCACCUCAAUUUCUAACGCAUCUGAUUCGCAGCUGUGUUUCUUCAACACCACACCAAAACCCUUUCUUCUUCUUCUUCUCCAUUAAACUAUCUUUCUUUCUGAUUCUGAAUUUGAUCACUUCCAUCACAUGGGUAUCUCAUGGAGUAGCAGAAGAAGAAACAAUUUCAUUCAGAACCCACCUCCACCACCCUCAUACUAUUACCCUCCACAAUCUCAUCCUCCUCCUCCGCCACCCCCUCCGCCGCAAGGCUACUAUUUCCCUUCAACAACCCCUUACACCCCUCACUGCACUAAUUAUGUUUCUCCCCCUGCUUUGCCCCCUCCUCCACCACCACCACCACCUCAACCUCAGACCCAUUCCUUCUAUUACUCCAAUCCCAAUGAUUACACCAACUAUGCCAAUUCUACUGUGAAUCGUCUUCAUUACCACCCUUUCUAUGUGAAUCAGCCUCAUCCUUCUGGUUGGCCUGCGAUUCGUCCUUCUGCUUCUACCCCUCCUCCUUAUGUUGACCACCAAACUGCUAAGAAGAUCAGAAACUAUGUUAAUGUCCAUAAAGACACCUUGCGUCUUGAGCUUGAUGAUCACAACCCCGAUCAUCACCUCCUUUCUUUCGUUUUUGAUGCAAUCUAUGAUGGGAGCAUUACUAUCUUCUACUUUGCCAAGGAAGAAGAAAAAUGUAGGUUUGUUCCAUUAUUUCCUGAUGCAUUUGAGCCAAUCAGAAUCCCCUUUCAGAAAGGAGUUGGCCAGAAAUUUGCUCAGCCUGCAGGAACAGGGAUUGACCUAGGCUUCUUUGAGUUGGAUGAUCUUUCAAAGCCCUCACCUGGAGAGGAUGUCUUUCCUCUGGUAAUAUGUGCUGAAACAUGUCCCUCAGCAGAUGAAACUCCUGGUGAUUCCUUGCAAGAUGCAUCCCCUCACAUGCAAAUCACUCAGGGUGUCUUAGAGAAAAGUAACAGUGGUGGUCCUUUCCAGAUAAAAGUAGUUAGGCAGAUUUUGUGGAUUGAUGGUGUUCGUUAUGAGUUGAGAGAGUUAUAUGGAAUAGGAAGCUCAGCUGCAACAGAUUUUGAUGACAAUGAUCCUGGGAAGGAGUGUGUAAUAUGCAUGACUGAACCAAAGGAUACUGCAGUGUUACCUUGUCGACAUAUGUGUAUGUGCAGUGAGUGUGCAAAAGCUCUGCGACUUCAAUCCAAUAAAUGUCCUAUAUGCCGUCAGUCUAUUGAGGAACUCAUAGAGAUCAAGGUGAACAAUGCCAAUCAAUGAGACUUUCUCUCCUUAAGCUAAGUUGAAUUAAAUGGCACCAAAUAAAUUCCUCUUAAGAAAAUCCACCCCCUUUUUACAUGUCUGCUGUCAGGUAAUAUAUAGCAAUUUUUUUUUUAUUUUCUUGUAAAUUGUAGUCAAUAAUUUGUUUAUAAUUUUUGUGUGAUGUGUUCGACGGAAAAACUAGAUCAUAUCCGCAUUUCAUGUGAUUGAAUGUUAGCUCCCAUGUCAUCUAUAUUGUACAGGUGAUCAUUUUUCCCUAGUUCUUUUUUUUUUUUUUUGUCUUAAUGGUGUUUGAUAGAUCUUUUACCAGUGUUUGCUGAACAAGGGAGAAAUGAAAUAACACCUGGCUUGGUCCCCAGAAUUACGAUUGAAAGUUAUGACCUUUUCAAUCAUGUGUUUGGUCAAAUUUGAAACUGAUUCCAUGUGUUGGACUUUCUGAUUAAUGUGAUAUAUUGAGUAUAAAGAGGACAAGAUCCAAGG